UGAGAGAGGGAGAGAGACAGAGUGAGUGGGGGAGGGGCAGAGAGAGAGGGAGACAGAACCUGAAGCAGGCUCCAGGCUCUGAGCUGUCAGCACAGAGCCCGAUGUGGGGCCCAAACUCACCGCAAGAUCAUGACCUGAGCUGAAGUCAGACACUUAACUGACUGAGCCACCCACCAGGCGCCCCAAAGUUUUAUGAAUUUUUAGUAACACAUUUUUCAUUUUAACUUUGUGUCGGGAUAUGUUUAUCGUCUCCAAUGGGUGGAGAACAGCAUGAAAAUAAAAAUGUGUUAUUCAAAAUUCAUAAAAAUCAGGUAAAAAAUUUUCAAAUGAUGUUAAGUUUGUAGUAGUUAUCCUUCUGAAGUUGUUAAAGCUUCAAACUGCUAAGACACUCGCUGUACUCUAUGUAUGUAUAUGUAAUAACUGACAUGAAAUUUUAACAAAACAAUACUCACCCCUAUUGCAUAUGAGGCACUUUGAGACUUUCUUUUUUGUUCUAUCUUAUUCUGAUCUUUUAAAGAAUGUUUUUCAUGCCGAUUUGCAACACCUGAAAUUUAUUCCACAAUCCUAUGAUGGGUUGUAAUCAGUGCUUAGACAGGCACUCGCGUGGGUAAAACCUCAAGUCCCUUAUACCAGUGACAGAAGGUGAGUUCGUGUUCUGGCUGGUGGGGCCAGAGAUGCAGGUUGCAUUUGUUCGAUCUAGGAAAGCUUCCUGGAAGAAGAGGAUUUCCGGUGUCAUCUCAGUACCGAAACCAAGAUGGUUCUAUGUGUGGCAAUACCAAGGGUGGCUGGAGGGAAAAGAGUUGGGAAUGAAUGUGCAGCAGUAGCAGGAGGGGAAUGAGUGGAUGAGGGCUAUGGGCACCCUUGCCCAGUGGUCCUGUAGGUCAGGCGUGGGAGCCUCAAGGUCAGGCGUGGGAGCCUCAAGGUAGGGGCAAUAGAAGACACUGGGGUGAGGAUCCUGGGAAGCCCUGAACUUCACCAAGUACUACAUACAAUAGGGACGACUCCUUCACCAGGCUGGUGGAGGGCUGACUCCCCAGUCCUGCUAACCACACUUCUGGGAAUCUCCUACACAGAGGCCAGGAAUCCUUCAUCCCAAAGUCUUCUGGUUUCCAUCCGAUUGUGUGUCUCUUCUAAGGAACUCUUUCCUAUUGCCCACAUGCUGAGCAAACAAGCUGGAGACCUAGUCCCUUCCUGCCACGGCUAAUCACAGGUGUCUCGUUUCAUUUCAGGAUGUGGUUAGUACCUUGAGGAACUGCAGACUUCGGAGAGCAAGGCUUAGACAGGCAGACUGGAUUGAGAGAGAGCAGAUGCCUGGGAAGGACUCAAUUUAACCCUAGGUCUCUUUCUCCAGGGGAAAUAAAAGGAGCAAAGGUGAACCCCACUGCAAAGGACCACGAGGCAAUGCCAGGACGAGGGAGUUGGAGUGACCUGGGUGAUUCUGAGUGAAUCAGUCAGGGAGGCCUUCCUGGAGGAGGCUGAGGCCCCAAGGUGUGGCCACCGCAACAGAUCAAGCUAUUUCCAGGGUCGGGCCCAGCACUCAGAGCUGACCCAGCCGGGGUCCCCAUCGGUCCCCGAGGAUGCGUCUCCUCCGUAGACGCCACAUGCCCAUGCGCCUGGCCAUGGUGGGCAGUGCCUUCGUGCUCUUUCUCUUCAUCCUGCACAGGGAUGUCAGCAGCACGGAACAGGCCACAGAGAAACCGUGGCUGAAGUCUUUGGUGAGCCAGAAGGACCAUGUUCUGGACCUCAUGCUGGGGGCCGUGAACAACCUUCGAGAUUCGAUGCCUAAGCUCCAGAUCCGGGCCCCAGAGCCCCAGGAGACACCGGUCUCCAUAAACCGGUCCUGCCUACCUGGGCUCUAUACCCCAGCAGAGCUGAGGCCCUUCUGGGAACGGCCACCACAGGAUCCCAAUAGCCCUGGGGCAGAUGGAAAAGCAUUUCAGAAGGACAAGUGGACCAGUCUGGAGACCCAGGAGAAGGAAGAAGGCUAUAAGAAACACUGUUUCAAUGCGUUUGCCAGUGACCGGAUCUCCCUGCAGAGGGCCCUGGGGCCAGACACCCGACCCCCUGAGUGUGUCGACCAGAAGUUCCGCCGCUGCCCUCCACUGCCCACCACCAGCGUCAUCAUUGUGUUCCACAACGAGGCCUGGUCCACGCUGCUGCGAACCGUGUACAGCGUCCUGCACACCAGCCCCGCCAUCCUGCUGAAGGAGAUCAUACUGGUGGAUGAUGCCAGCACCGACGAGUACUUGAAGGAACAACUGGAGCAGUACGUAAAGAAGCUGCAGAUCGUGAGGGUGGUGCGGCAGGAGGAGCGGAAGGGCUUGAUCACUGCCCGGCUGCUGGGCGCCAGCGUGGCGCAGGCGGAGGUGCUCACCUUCCUGGACGCCCACUGCGAGUGCUUCCAUGGCUGGCUGGAGCCCCUCCUGGCUCGCAUUGCUGAGGACGAGACGGUGGUGGUGAGCCCAGACAUCGUCACCAUCGACCUGAACACUUUCGAGUUCUCCAAGCCCGUCCCGAGGGGCAGGGUCCACAGCCGUGGCAACUUUGACUGGAGUCUGACCUUUGGCUGGGAGGCUCUGCCCGCACAUGAGAAGCAGAGGCGCAAAGAUGAGACCUACCCCAUCAAAUCCCCGACGUUUGCUGGCGGCCUCUUCUCCAUCUCCAAGUCCUACUUUGAGCACAUCGGUACCUAUGAUAAUCAGAUGGAGAUCUGGGGAGGGGAGAACGUGGAAAUGUCCUUCCGGGUGUGGCAGUGUGGGGGCCAAAUGGAGAUCAUCCCCUGCUCUGUGGUAGGCCACGUGUUCCGCACCAAGAGCCCUCACACCUUCCCCAAAGGCAUCAGUGUCAUUGCUCGCAACCAAGUGCGCCUGGCUGAGGUCUGGAUGGAUAGCUACAAGGAGAUCUUCUAUCGGAGAAAUCUGCAGGCAGCAAAGAUGGCCCAAGAGAAAUCCUUCGGUGACAUUUCGGAACGACUGCAACUGAAGGAACAACUACAUUGUCGCAACUUUUCCUGGUUCCUGCACAACAUCUACCCAGAGAUGUUUGUUCCCGACCUUAAGCCCACCUUCUAUGGAGCUAUCAGGAACCUUGGCGUCGAUCAGUGCCUGGAUGUGGGUGAGAACAACCAUGGGGGGAAACCCCUCAUCAUGUACACCUGCCACGGCCUUGGUGGCAACCAGUACUUUGAGUACACAACCCAGAGGGACCUGCGCCAUAACAUCGCGAAGCAGCUGUGUCUGCACGCCAGUGCCGGCACUCUGGGCCUGCGGAGCUGUCACUUCACUGGCCAAAACAGCCAAGUCCCCAAGGAUGAGGAGUGGGAAUUGACCCAGGACCAGUUAAUCAGGAACUCAGGAUCUGGUACCUGCUUGACAUCUGAGAACAAAAAGCCAGCCAUGGCCUCCUGCAAUCCCAGUGACCCCCACCAGCACUGGCUCUUCGUCUAAGCUCCUCAUCACCCCCACAGGAGUUCCCACAAGCCUCUCAGGAAACAGGACUUUGGGGAACCUGAUGUUUGAGAACCUGAUUAUCAGCUUCUCAGUAGGCCUUAAAGAUGGGUUUCUUUUUUUUUUUUUUUUUUAAGUAAAAUAAGGUAUUUUAUUAUUGUUUUAAUGUGCAUUUCUUGGUGAUUAAACACUUU